AUGCCCAAGAAGAAAGCCUCCAAAGUGAAGAGGGCGAAAGCCGGUAAAGGGAAGAAAGAUGGGAAGCAGGAGUCAAAGGCAGACAAGGAGACAGACUUCGAGAAGGCCAAAGCUAACGCUGCCCUGUGGGAGCUGAGGUUAAAGGUCACCGACCAGUCGCUCGUGCAGCACCGUGACUCUUGCCGGAAAUUGGCACGCGCCAAUGAAGAGCUCACAAACCAGCUGUUUCGCAUGGAGAAGGAAACCAUCGACAUGACCGGGUUUUUUAAGAGGCAACAUGAUGCAAAAGAAGAGAAGAUAAAUAUGCUGGUGGAAAGCCUCAAAAACCAAGAGAUACUUGCAGGUGAACAGCAAAAUAAACUGGUUGAAGAUUACACGUUUCAAAUAAAUGAGAUGAAGGAUCUGUUCAAGAGGAGAUCCAAUGACUUCAACAUGAUUGAAGACGGAAUGAGGAAAAUUAAGGAGUUUCAGAAGCGGAAAGCUGAGAUGGAACAGGAGCUGAGUGAUAUUACAGAAAGUAUGGAGAUUGCUAACAAAGAGCAUAGAGAAAACCUUAACAAAAUGGAGUAUAAAUUCUUCAAGGAAAAGGCUCGCUUGGAGAGAGAAGCUGAGCAAACGAUAGCCCUGGUUGUGGAGAAGGCCCACAAUGAAGCCGUUGUUCAGCUGGAUGAUGCCUCACGAUCAGUUUUUAAGGAGAACGUACGCCUGAAUGAAGCGCUUAAACAUCAUACAAGGGAGGCAGAUGAGUUGCAGAAACUGACAGAUUCCCUGGUUAAGGAAAAUGCCACCCUGACACUGGACAAGAAUGCGUAUGAGGUGAUGGCAAAGAAGAAUACUGUUCAGAUGAAAGCUCAAGAAGAGGAGCUAUCUAAACUGAAGACUAAAGUUACCUCCCUGGAGCAGGCUCUCAGGCAAAAAGCAGAGGAAUCUGAGCGGGAGCAGGAAAAACAAAAGAAGAUGAUGUCGGUUAUGACCCAAGCCAGUCAGGUAGAGUUGGUGAAAAUGCAGAAAGUGCUUGCCAUGCGGGAAAAGGAACUGGGGCACAUCAAACGUCUAGCAGGCACCAUCGUCAAGCAGCGGACAGAGCUGGAGCAGUUCUUCCAUGAGGCACUGGCUCAGGUGAAGCAUGAGAUCAUGGCCAGCAGGUCACAAUACAAAAAGGAGGCUCUACAGGCCUAUCGUUGGACACUGAGAGGAGCCACAGAAGGAAAGCUCAAGUUUCCACCAAUACGCACCUUCCAUAAAGGCCCUCACAGCACCAACUCUGUCUACUCAGACAUGGAGGCAGCAGCUAGGUGGACACAUCGACCUGGCAGCAAUAUUGAAAUCUCAGAGCUUACUUGGGAGCAGAAGGAGCAAGUUCUGAGGCUUCUCUUUGCAAAAAUGAAUGGACAGACACAAAGAAAAACCAGCCAACAUUUGGUUUUGUCUGCCUCCACUGAGAAGAAGAACCUUACUGACAAAUUAGAGAGGAGACGUCCCAAGCGACCUUCAUCACCCAGGCGCCUGAGUCCGUUCUGCCCUCGAAUCCAAACAGCCUACCGGAUAUGCAUCCCACAUGACCUCUGUGUCGCCUCUUCAUCGCACAUCGCUCGCUGCAUUGUUUGCGUCUGCUUUAUAAGCUUCCCACAGACUGGAGAAUACAACAUGUUUGCUUCUGCUUGCAAUAAAACCCUUACCACGUGUGUGUAUAUAUGGCUUAUGAGUACUGCCCUUUACAUAUUACACUUCUUAGAAUUUUUUACAACUCAUUUACAUAUUUUUGUUCAUAGGCCUCAAUUUAAAGUGACACUGACCACAAAAACAAAUACGCAAGAAAAAUAAUACACUAAAUGAUCAGAAACACACACAAUACAAUGUGUCUCACAGGUGAGCUUCAUUUAUAAAAGAGGGAUUUGUACAAUAUUGUGAAAAUAAACAAUGUAGUGGAAGAAAUAUAGCUCUGUACAUGUCGUUUGGACGGAUUAAGUGUUGGCCAUAUCAUAUACAUACAUAUAUAUAUAUAUAUAU